AUGCUUCACAAGUAUCAACCUGAUGACGCGUUGGCCUGUCUUCGGUCUCAAAAGGUUACCUUUGUCGGUGACUCGGUUACACGUUUGCUAUACUUCCAGUUCGCUCAAGUUAUAGACUCCAACCUUCCGGCAGCCCCUCCAGACGACGAGCAGAAGCAUGCAGAUCAUUCACUUAUUUCAGAUUCAGGCAUUCAAAUAGAUUUUAUCUGGGACCCAUUUCUCAACACUUCCCUUCAUCAGCUAUUCGUCGAUCCAUCACCAAGCUCCUCUGCCAAUUGGGGUACAGAGCAAGAUUCAGCGAUGAUCGUACUCGGUUCUGGCUUAUGGUAUUUACGAUAUGCGAAUAGUUCUGGAAGCCUCUCUGCAUGGGAAGCUAACAUAUCUGGGGCGUUGAAUAUGGUUCGGAAGGCUUAUCCAAAGUCUACAAAAAACAUUGUUAUACUGCCCGUCGAGGAAGUCGUCCCAGAAAAACUAACGGUCGAUCGUUAUGAGACUUUGCGCCCUUCUGAUAUAGAUGCCAUGAAUUACGACCUCAGCUACCUAAUCAAACCGUCGCUCAGCGACCACACACAGUCUCCUAUUAAAUCCAUUGACCUGCCAGUAUCAUUUCCUCUUGUGUUCAAUCAUAUGCUGGACUCGUCACAAACGGAGGACGGCCUUCACUUUUCGGAUUCUGUCGUUCGGACGCAAGCAAAUAUACUCUUUAACUUACAAUGCAACGAUUUGUUGCCCAAGACAUCGCCAUUAGAUAAAACAUGCUGUCGGAGCUAUCCAAAGCCUCGAAUUCUACAGCUUGUAGUCCUUGCAGCGGUUGUCCUGUGGGGUCCUUUUGCGUGGUCUGUUUCUCGUAAAUCCAAAUGGCAGCCCACAUCUGUUGGAAAUGGAGGAUAUUCUGCGCUAACUUUUAGUGCAGCUAUUGGUGUUAUCUUCAUUGCUGACAGGACUGGAUUUUGGCUGAAGGAGCAGAAAGAGUUCGAUGUUUGGAUAUUUACUUUUCUCAGCCUAGCGUCUUUAGCCGUUGGGCUAGUUAAGGUGAAACACUCGGAUAAAGAUCCAGGCUUUUUGAGUAGGGAACAAACUGAGGAAUGGAAAGGUUGGAUGCAAAUUUCGAUUCUCAUAUACCACUACUUGGGUGCUUCCAAAAUACCAGCCAUCUAUAAUCCCAUUCGCGUCCUUGUCGCAUCUUAUCUGUUUAUGACAGGUUACGGUCACACAACAUUCUAUAUAAAGAAAGCAGACUUCGGUCUUUUACGCAUUGCUCAAGUCAUGAUCAGAUUGAAUAUAUUGACGUUGACGCUCGCGUAUACGAUGAAUACAGACUACCUCUCCUACUAUUUUUCGCCAUUGGUUUCCAUGUGGUUCUUCAUCAUAUAUGGCACAAUGGCCUUGGGCUCUCGAUUCAAUAACUAUACCCCAUUUGUGGUCUUCAAGAUUAUCGCCUCGAUGGGCAUCGUGACGUGGUUCUUCAAGGAGACAUGGUUAUUGAAUGUUUUGUUCGACUUUCUAGAGCGGAUUUUUGCUAUACACUGGUCUGCUCGAGAAUGGACAUUCCGAGUGACAUUGGAUCAGUUUAUAGUGUAUUUCGGCAUGCUUGCUGCCCUGGCAGUGAUAAAGAUCCGGGAACAUCGCCUCACGGACCACGUAUACUGGCCCCCACUGGUUAAAAUUGCCAACGGUUUAUCCGCCAUCAUUCUGCUGUGCUUCCUAUCGUUCGCACUCACGGAGAAAAACAAGGUUGCCUACAAUGCUUGGCAUCCAUACAUUUCAAUCCUCCCUAUAGCGUCAUUCGUCACGCUCAGAAACGCCAACCCUGUCUUACGAUCAGCAUCAUCUCGUGCAUUUGCUUUUGUGGGCACAUGCUCACUCGAGACCUUCAUCAUUCAAUUCCACCUGUGGCUUGCUGCUGAUACGAAGGGCCUCCUUAUGAUGAUCCCAGGCGAGAAUUUGCGACCAGUCAACUUUUUGAUUACUAGCAUUAUCUUUAUAUACGUAUCACAUCAAGUUGCACGGGCCACAGGGGACAUCACCAACUGGAUCUGUGGCGGACCCGAAAAGAGCCUACCCACGGCCCGUAGCUCAAGCUCACCUACGAGGAGUCCCAGAGAUGAGCCGAGAUCAUCGAUGGAUGGUCCAAAAGAGUCGGAAGCAAGUACCCUUGGUCGUGGAUAUAUACCAUGGCAAUGGGUGGAUCGAUUGGGCGGAGAUUUUCUGGCGGGUCAAAAGCUUGGAAUCAAAACGAAACUUGCAUUAGGAGUCGCAGUCAUGUGGGUUGUAAAUAUCCUAUGGACUUCUUUCUGA